GUCUGGGGUUGGUGUAGAUGAGUUUCAAGUUCAACCCAUUUAAUUGAAUUGAAUUGGCCUCGGCGUUGCGGAACCGGAGGAAUCCAUUCUCCGACAACCAGGGACAACCAGGACUCGUUCUCGUUCCAGAACGUGAAGACUUGACAGUGGAGUAGAAUUUGGUUAUUGCUUGCACAAAAGGGGACAGGAUUGGACUUAUCUCUUGCUUAUCUCCUUAGUAUUUACUUUUCACUUUUUCACUUUAUCUUCGUGUAUUUAUCCCCUGCCCUUGGCGCUUUCUAAAGUCUCCAGGCACAACGAGGCUGAGCCAAAGGCUGUGUUGGGAAUUUGAAAUAAUAAAGUCCCGAACACGCGCAGCGUUAUAAGAUGGCUCGAUCUCCGUUUCUUCUUCCUUGAGUACUGCAAUGGUUGCUCCACUGGUUCUGAUCUUUCUUCUGGCAAAGUUAAGCUGGACGGUGCAUGCUCAGUCGACAUCUGCGCGCUGUAACGUGUCAAACUUUCAAUGGUCUUUCAAUUCUCUUGCCCAAAGUCCUUGCCUGGUCGCAGCCUAUCUUCAGAACACUUGUUCUCCUGGUUUCAACGUCCCUUCCCUUGACUCCCUGGGUGUUCGGUUCUAUCGUGAGCCAUUGGUUAACAGUAAAUGUGGAUGCUCGAGCGUCGUUUACUCCCUCAUGGCUGCGUGUGCGGGUUGUCAAAAUGGAACGUGGUCUAGUCUAUGGAUCUGGCAGAGUAAUUGUGGGGAAGAUACCGACCCAGUCACAACAUAUAGCGAACCGAUCCCUGGUGGUACCAGGGUCCCUGGAUGGGCUUAUCUGAAUCCCAAUGGUGGUAUCCUCGGCAUUAGGGCUGAACUCAGCAUCAGGGCUGAAGGCAACGGCUCUUCUACGACAACGACAACGACCUCCUCGAGCACUUCAACAUCCUCGAGUAGUUCGAGCAGUUCGAGCAGUUCAAGCAGUUCGAGCAGUUCGAGCAGUUCGAGCAGUUCAAGCAGUUCAAGCAGUUCAAGCAGUUCGAGUAGUUCGAGCAGUUCGAGCACCUCGAGCACUUCAACCACGUCGACCACGUCGAGCACCUCAAGCACAUCAAGUACUGUGAGUAACACUCCCCAUCCCACCACCUCUACCCCUGCUUCCGGCACGACCACUCCCAUUUCCACUCCCACCUCCACUUCCACCCCUACUUCCACUCCCACCUCCACAUUCACGUCUACAUCCACAACCUCGUCCGCUCCUGCUUCAACUCAGGUAUCCACCCCAACUCAAACCGGAUACGUACCUACUGACUUCUCGCUAUCUUAGAUAACGACUUCAUCCUCUCCAACUUCGCAAGUAUCUUCAACUUCUCAGCUAACACCCACAAGCUCACCAGUGUCAACUUCCUCAAGAUCACUAACAAGAUCCUCCUCUGGAUCAAUUGUGACUAGUUCGUCAUCCGGCUCGAUUCCUACCUCGACAACGACAACGACCUCACUCCCAGCUUCCGCGAUUUCCUCGAUUUCC